GGGGCUGUGGCGGAACACGCCGCCUUUGUUAUAAAAGAAACGGAGACCAACGUUGGACAGACAGUGGUACUCUGUUGACAGAUAGGGGAAAAAUUAGUGCAAUUCAUCGAGGAGUUAACUGGCUAAACGUCAGCUGACCACGGAUAAUGGCUUGCUUGAAACUUUACACGAUCCUGUUGCUGGCUGUCAUCAUUGGCAUCGUUUCUGCGAAACCAGGAUACCUCGGUGGAUACGGUGGAUACGGUGGAUACGGUGGCUACUAUCCUUACAUUUACAGAUAUCCGUUCUAUGGAUACGGUUACGGGCAUUAUGGAUACGGCCUCCCUGGGUAUGGUUAUGGUCACGGAUUCUAUCAUUAUUAAUCGAAAAGGCGAUCGUUUGGAUACUGCGAAUAUACCCAAAGAAGAUAUAUUUACAUCUAUUUUAGAUUUAUCGAUUCUACUCUAUCGAAAUCUUUUUUAAGAGAAGUGUAAACUCCAUAUACUUUCAUGAUAUUCUCAAAAUUAUCUCGUCGUAUUAUUAUGUAAUAUCAAAUCGAUGAUGUUUUUUUGUCGAGAAAACUAAAAAUUUAAUUUUUAUAUCUUCGUUGAACACAUCAAUAAAAUUUAGAUUUUAAUGGAA